UUAGGACGGAGGCAGAAAUCAAUUAUUCCAGAAAUGAUAUUUAAGUGCUUCUCUUUGCUCAUAAUAACCCAGAUAUUGGUGGCAACCGCUAAGCCAAUUAAUCCUGGAUUCGAUGACCCGCAGCAGAAGGCAUUGGAGAAGGAGGCCAAGGAGGAGACAGUCAAUCUUCUGAACUCUCUGUUCCGCUCUCAGAUCGCAUAUUUCACGGAGGUGAACUCCAACCUGAAUCCGCGAACGAAGAGGGCCGCCGAUAUCCGUCUUUACAUAACGCGAUUGAACCAAGCCAUUGCUGAAAAUGAGCUGGACAAAAAGGAUAAAAUGUGGCUGGACAUUUUCGAAGAAUUCAAGGGCUCUCCUUUACUAUUGAACCGGGAGGAGGAGACAGGUCUCACGGACAUGCAAUACAAAAUUCUAUUGACGGGCAAAAAAUUGCAGGCUAUAUCUGCAGGAUUCGUUUCGGAUGUGGCUGAUUACUUUUGGAAAAUGGCCAAGAUCAGUGGCAAAGUUGUUGAGAAUCACUUUGAGGGUAAAAAUCGACUCACAAAUCCUUAAAACUAGAACUCAGUCAUAUCCGUAUAUUCGGAAAAUGUGAAAAUAAAAACUUUUUUGCAAGUAAA